CGCGCAUGCUCCGGACUGCUCCGCUCAACCUCAGUGUGUUUGGGAUGAAACUAGCUAACAUGCUAACUGACUGAUUAACGGAUUAAACACGGGAAUUUCGCGUACCAAAAGUUUUGACAAUUCGAGGAUUUUUAAAAAAUAAUCUGCGUUGAAAUGAUGGAGAAGGCGGAGAAAGGUUGGGACGAAGGCAGAAUUCCAGGGCUGGUUCUGUAAACCUGCUCAUCGUUAGCAUGAGAGAGAAGCGUUUCCAUCAUCUCAGGGUCAAGUGGUGAGAUUUCGUCGGGGCUUCGUGUCCAGACAGAGGAAGGUCAGAUGUCACGUGUCCUUACUCCUCCUCCUCCCCCUCCUCCUCCUCCUCCUCCUUCUCAGGGAGAGAUGAGCAGCGGCCCUGUGGCCGAGAGCUGGUGCUACACACAGGUAAAAGUAGUGAAAUUUUCCUACAUGUGGACCAUUAACAACUUCAGCUUCUGUCGAGAGGAGAUGGGUGAAGUACUGAAAAGCUCCACCUUCUCUUCAGGUCCCAGUGAUAAAAUGAAAUGGUGCCUCAGAGUAAACCCAAAAGGACUCGAUGAUGAAAGCAAAGACUAUCUGUCACUGUAUCUUCUCCUGGUUAGCUGUCCCAAAAGUGAAGUGCGUGCGAAGUUUAAGUUUUCUUUACUCAACGCUAAGCGAGAGGAGACUAAAGCUAUGGAAAGCCAAAGAGCCUACCGAUUUGUCCAAGGCAAAGACUGGGGCUUCAAAAAGUUUAUUAGAAGAGAUUUUCUUCUCGACGAAGCGAAUGGCCUUCUUCCAGACGACAAGCUCACUCUGUUCUGUGAGGUGAGUGUAGUGCAGGACUCUGUAAAUAUCUCAGGUCAAUCUAACACAAAUGUGCUGAAAGUUCCUGAGUGCCAACUCUCAGAUGAUCUGGGAAAUCUGUGGGAGUGUUCACGCUUCACUGACUGCACACUGUGUGUGGGGGGGCAGGAGUUCAAAGCCCACAAAUCCAUUCUGGCAGCGAGAUCACCGGUUUUUAACGCCAUGUUUGAGCAUGAGAUGGAGGAGAGCAAGAAGAACUGGGUGGACAUCAGCGACGUCGAGCCAGAUGUCUUUAGAGAAAUGAUGGGGUUUAUAUACACGGGGAAAGCACCAAAUCUGGAGAAAAUGGCUGACAGUUUGUUGGCAGUGGCUGAUAAAUACGCUCUGGAGCGUUUAAAGGUGAUGUGCGAGGAGUCUCUGUGCAGCAGCCUGUGUGUGGAGAACGUAGCCGACACGCUCAUCCUCGCCGACCUGCACAGCGCCGAGCAGCUCAAAGCUCAAGCCAUCGAUUUUAUCAAUAGGUGCAGCGUCCUCCGACAGCUGGGGUGCAAGGAUGGAAAAUACUGGAAUAGCAACCACGCCGCAGACAUAAUGGAGACUCCGGGCUGGAAGGCAAUGAUCCAGUCUCAUCCACACUUAGUGGCCGAGGCUUUCCGCGCUCUGGCUUCGGCUCAGUGCCCUCCGUUCGGCCUGCCCAGGAAGAGGCUCAAGCAGUCCUGAUCUCUCUCUCCAUCUCGCUCUUGAUCUAUUUCAGCCGGAGGAAGGAAAGGAGGCAAUGGGGGGAACAACAUGAACUCGUACCGCUCUCACCGAGACAUGGCUUUCAGCUUCAGAUACACUCUCACUCAUUUACAUUGUCCCUUUCUUUUUUUUUCAGUUGUUUUUUCUCCACUCUUUCUUUUCACUCUUAUUUUCUCGUCAUCUUUCUCUCAUUAACUGGCAUUUACGCUCUCUUUCUUUUUUUUUUUUCCUCCAUCAACCUCUCUCUGAGCAUCUCUCUUUUUUCCUCACUGUAUCACUCUCUUAUCCUCUUUCUUGCUUUCUUCGUCAUUCCUCCCUGUCUUUCCUCCGUCUUUCUUUCUCUCUUCGUUGCACUUUUUCUUUCUCCGUCUUAUCGGUUUCAUUUUCCUCUUGUCAUUCCCUCUCUCGUUCUCUCACACACACGCGCGUGCACACACUUUCCCCCUUUCGCGUUCUCAUUUCAUUUUCUCUCUCACUCUCACUUUCGUUUCUUCCCUUAAUCACUCUCUCUUCUCUUUCAUUCUCACUUUCUUUCUGUCUUUCCUUCUAAUUGUUCUUGCAGUUUUUUUUUUUUGUCUUUCUGCCUUUUUUCCCCACUCCUGUUUUCUUUCUUAUCGUUUGUUUCUCACAUUACACCUUUUUCUUUCUUCUCUCAUCCUUUCUCUCUCUCGCAUCUCCUCUCACAUUUCCCAUGUGACUCUCUUUGGCACUUGGUCUAAAUCCAGAGACAGUAACGAGUGUGUGAACUUCUUCUCCUCCUUCGGUGAGAGGAACAGCCGUAACAAUUGUUCCAGCCUUCAUUUCUCACACGAUAUGUUCAGUCUCUAAGCUUUAUGUUUCCUGCCUGCACGCUUCUCUCUCUCUCUCUCUCUCUCUCUCUCUCUCUCUCUCUCUCUCUCUCUCUCGCUCUCUCUCUCUUUUCCACCUCGGCUCAAACCGUCUUUUAAAAGUAAAUAUUUUUAGACAUUUUGGUUGACUGAGAAUCAGUCAGUGGAUUAUUAUUAUUACUUUCCCCCUUCCUUGUCGUCUCCGAUGGCUGUAAAAAAAAAAAAAAAAAAAAAAAAGAAAAAAAGGGAAAAAAAAGGAUCAGUGUUCUCCUGUGUGCCUGCCUCGUCCCAAGCAGACCAGGCCGUUCGUUCCUCCUCACCUUUUGCACUAGUUCCCUGUGUCCAGACGUUCUUUUGAUAUGACGUGUAAAAGGUUUGUUUAAAGCAGAAAAUGUCCUGAUGUUAUAUAAAUGUUUGGCCCGUUUUCGCGACUAGACAUUUGAGACGAUCAGUGAAACAGAUCAUGCCCCAUAUUGAUGGCACAAUUUCUAUGUAGGACUUACUUGACUUAUAUUUGAACGGUAAAUACAUAAACAUUAAUUUUUUUAUUUUUUUUUUGGGGGGGGGGGGGGGGGUUGGAAUGGGGGUGUAAAGGAAGUAUUAUCCGUAAGUUUCUACACUUGCGUCACUCUGACGUGACGUGACGUUACACUGUGAGAGAAAUGAGGGCUAAAAGUUUGCCAGUUUGGCUCAAAUUGAUAGAAAAUGUACACGAAUAUAUCUUGAGGUGUUUUUCAUCCAGACUAUUUCCUUUCAUUUGGUCUCCUUGUUCCAGAUAUAAACAAUAAUCCAUAACCCAACACACAAUGACGCUUAAAUAUUGCCGAUAUAAUAAGAUGUAAGGAUAAGGGAUGCGUCACGUUAAUGAUGGAUAAUUAAAUGACAAACGAGUCGUCCAGUAAGUUCUGGCACCGUCCUUUCUAACAGAUGCGAUAUUAUUAUUUCAAAUUUUUUUUUUUUUUUUUUUUUUUAAAUACACGAAAUACAAAGAAACCAGAACUUGAUUUUCCUACUUUUUAUUGAAGCCGACAGCUGAUUUAGUGCUCUACGUUCACACUUGUUGCUUGUGAGUGUGGCCUGUCCAAAUACAAAUUAAAGCGAAUUAUUUUAACGAAAUGACGCGCUAAUCAGUUGUUUGACUUACAUGUCUAAGUGCUCGGCUUUGUACUAGCUUCACCGCACUAGCACGUUAGCAGAAGGUUAACUACUAGCUACGUACACUCGCCAGUAGCGCUAGUGAUUUUUUUUUUUCUUUUGUAAUGUCUCUAAACAGGUCAAACGGGAUCUAAACGCAGGUAGAAACUUGUGUUGUGAGCGGGGAACCGAAGAAGUCGAGCCACGUGCGCCGUCCGAUCGGCCCGAGGUGUUGGAGAAGUAAAUCAUUUGCUACAACAGAUUGAACUCGUAUCAUGGAGGAGGUCAUUUAUUGGACUUUGUGGCAUUUGUACAGAGAGUCCCAAGAACUUUAGGUCACCUGUUUAUUCAGGUUUGAAGCACGGUUUUACUCUGCGUCCCCAUAAUGUCCCAUCCUUCUUUAUUUUUUGGCCGUUAAAGAACUGUAACCUGUUAGUAUCGUCUUCGUCGAACAUGUGAAAUAAUAAUGCACGUUUAAUCCUAACAGCAUGAAUUAUCAGUACAUCUCUCAGCCAAUAAGAACACAUCGUUCAUGGCGCACUCGGUAUUCGCCAGCGCUUUUUGUUGUUGUUGUUGUUGUUGUUGUUGUUGUUUCUGUCCAGUCUGAUGGUGGUUCAUAUUAAGAUUCCUACAUAAUUUACAGCACUUUUCAUCAUCACUACACCAUACGUUAGCUACCAGUUAGCACCAUCUCGAUUAAUUAACAUUUACUGCUUCCGUCUUAUUUUGACUACAAAUAAGUUCUCAUCAGCUAACACUGUAAUUAGCAAAUUUAGAGGUUUAUCAACAUCUUUCACUUAAUUUAUGCUAAUUCAUGCUGGCUGGAAUAAACUGCUCGUUAUAUAACGUAACAGACUCUAUAACAGACGCUACUCAUUGCGUAAUAAUACCGAAAUACUAACUAAUGAGGUAAACGAUGUUAAAGUGUCCCGGUGUUUACUUUCCGGGAGAUUUUCAAAGAAGAAAUAGUCGUGCUAAACGUCACACACAUCUUGUUACAGCGUGCCAGAACUUAAUAAACGUCUCGAUUUAUCACCUGGAAGAUCCGGGCAGGAGCGAGGAGGGCAAAGCGCUGUCGAUUUUAGAGCUUUCCUUUCUCGAAUCAGCCUCUCGUCAAGUCUUUUACGAGCCGCGAUGUGUGUUUUCAGCAGGGGUUUGGUCCUCCUGGAUGUGAGAGAUCACACUCCGGUCUCCAUCCACUGACUCGGCAAAUACGCGGUGCUGAGAAUCAAACAUUGGCUUUAUUGCACUGUGUGUUGGGAGGUUUUACGUCAUAUCGUUUCGUUUCGGUUCAUUUCAGUCGUACUGGUGUUCUGACUGCAUUGGAGGCAUCUGUACGAUGUUUAAUGUCACAUUGGUUGAUUUGUUCUGUUUAAGGACUGUUUAAGAAUGUGUGUUGUCAUUAAAAAUAAUUUUUUUCAGCAUAAA